CAGCUGUGUUGUAUGUAGCAGGCGAACAGACGACCUGCUGGGUAAACAAGAGUGGAUGCAUCGAAAGGCAGGAAUGGCAACUUCGUCGAGGGCUUAUAGUGCGACAUAUCUACUCUUUCAAAUAGAAACACAAUAGACAGGUUUUGUGAGAUGCAGCGAAAAGGUGCCUAAGAACUGAUGCAAGAGCCCUUUCUGUUUGCCCUUUGAGGAAGCACCUGCCACCAUGAAGAGUGAGGUGCCAACUGAGGCCCCCAGCAGACAGGAGCAUCUGAAGGAGCCGCUGGUGAACCCAGAGCCCAUGGAGGCAGCCAAGAGCUUCCCUGACAACAUGGAGGUGAUCGGAAAGGCAGGCAGCGAAUUUGAAACCUUGUGUGAGUCCAGGCAUCGGCCCCUGAGGGACACAGGCACACAUAGAGACUCAGAACGGACCCUACCUGGGCGCAGAAAAAGAAAAGGCCAACAGGCAGGGCCCUCAGACUGCUCGCUGAAGGAGGGCCACAUCAGUGAGAGUUCACUGGCCCCACAGCGUCCCAGGGUAGAACUUUUACAGCACCCCAGUGAGGAUGAACAUAAUCAUGAGUCCUCUUUUAGUGACUGUGCUUCUUCCCCUUCCUCUAGCCUGCGAUUUGGGGACUCGGACACUCUUAGUUCAGAGGAGGAGGGGGAAGCUGGAGCAACAGGGGCCCAACACAAGGCUCCUGCCCUGACAACAGGCGGAGCCGCUGGAGUUGGCGUGCGCCCUGUUCUGGGUCGAACUCGGGGGAAUCGCUCUCAUAAGUGGGUGAGGUCUGAAGCUGAGCCAGUGCUGCUGAAGCGGCCGUGUCUGAGCAGCCGGCGGCCUCUUCAUAGGAAGCGCUUUUUGAAAACGCCUCCUGGAGGGGGUCAGCGGACUCAGAAGCAAAAGGAACGACUACUACUGCAGAGAAAGAAACGCGAAGUGAUUGCACGUAGAAAGUAUGCUCUACUCCACAGCACCAGUAGUUCUAGCGAGGAGCUGAGUAGUAACUCUUCCUCUCCCUCGUCUACGGAAGCAGAAGAUGAGCUGUAUGUAGAUGUCAGCAGCACCAGCAGCCAGCCCAACAGUGCUACCGUAGCCACAGGUGUCCUGGAUGAGGAUGUGGUUGUAAUUGAGGCCACUCCUGCUCCAACUCCUGCUGUCCCUGCAAGCGAGGAGAUCAACGUCACCUCAACAGACAGUGAAGUGGAAAUCGUCACAGUCGGAGAUGGUUUCAGGUCACGCUCAGUGGGUGGUCUUAGCAGGAUUUGGUCCAGCAGUUGCUCCCAGAAUCGUCUCCAGGAGCCACGUGGACGUCACAGACUCUCCACCGUCAUCCAACCACUGCGUCAGAAUGCUGGGGAGGUGGUGGACCUCACUGUGGAUGAAGAUGAUCUCUCAGUUGUGCCAACAACCUCUGGCAGCAUUCACCCUCAAACAGUCAGGUCGUCCUCUUCAUCAUCUUCUCAUCAUGCCUCUACCUCAGAGCUCAAUGAUGCACCAGGCCCUUCCACUAGCUGCUCAGGCUCGAUACCUGAAAGUAUGCACACCCAGAGGCUGAGUGGAUCCAGUCGCACAGCCACAGAGGAUGACAGCAGAGCAGGUUUGGCCGGUACAGCCGGAGAAAAUGCCGGCGCAGCCAUGCCUCGGCUCCCUUCCUGCUGUCAGCAGCACUCCCCCUGUGGAGGCCCCUCCCCCGGUCACCUGUCUCUGAGCCACUCCCAUUCAAGCUGCUUGCAGGCGUCGUCCUCUCAGCAGACCGGGGGCUCUCAGCACGGCCACGUUCACAACCACAGCAACGCUCACCACUUCAUCCACCAUGUCCAUCACCCCGCUCCACAGCCCCCUGGCACCCUGCCCUUUCAGGAGCCCAGCUGCCCCGUGGAGCGUCCCAGUGCUCUGCCAGCAUCCUGCGCUGGAGUCGGCAGCAGUGGCAACGGUAGCAGCGGCAACCCAGCCCACUACCAUGACCAGCAAAAUCUGCCGGUGGAUCUGAGCAACAGCAGUGUUCGGACGGGUGGAAACGGGGCUAAUUUCCAUGGCAGCACCUCUGCCUUUGACCCGUGCUGCCCGGGCUCCACCUCACGGCCUCCUGCUUUCAUUUCCCAGGCUGCCCCUGGGCCCAGCCAGCCUGCUGUGGUGGACUCGUUCGGCACCUCCAUGGUGGCGCAGCCCCAGCCACAGACGCAACCCCAGCCCUGCAGACAUUACAUGCACCCCUCCUAUGGCUCUCUAGCGCGCUCACUGCAUCAUCAGCCUGCCUCCGCCUGCCCUCAUUCCCAUGGGAACCCCCAACUCACACCGCAGGCCCCUACACAAGGGGAUUAUGUCAUUCCCCACACUGUCACCUUUCAUCCGCCACUGCCAUCCCAUCCUUCAGGCCACGCAGUGCCCCCUGCCCCUCCCCCUCCUCUUUCCACCCACCACCUCUCUAGUUCAAGUGCCCCACUGGCCCAGCACCUGCCUACGGAUCACCAGACCCUGCCGCACCACUUGCCGGCGCUGGGGGCCUCAGUGCAGAGGCUUCAUCAGCACGAGAUGCUGCAGAGGAUGGAGGUCCAGAGGCGCAGGAUGAUGCAGCACCCUACACGAGCACAUGAGCGUCCGCCCCCACACCCUCACAGGAUGCACCCCAACUACGGCCAUGGACACCACAUCCAUGUACCUCAAACUAUGUCUUCCCACCCUCGCCAGCCUGAGCAGAGAACAGCAUGGGAGCUUGGCAUCGAGGCUGGAGUGACUGUGGCCCCAUACCCUUCAGGGCACCUGCACUCCCACCUGCCCCACUACCACCCUCCCCCCAGACUGCACCACUUCCCCAUCCCCUUCAUGCACACUGGCAUAUCUGAAGUGACCUACCCGCACAUUCGCUACAUCUCAUCUAGAAUGACUGGCUUUGGAAGAACCUAUGAGGACCUGCUGCAUUUAGAGGAGAGAUUGGGGACUGUGAACCGAGGAGCCUCUCAGGGAACCAUAGAGAGGUGCACUUACCCGCACAAGUACAAAAAGAAGGUGUUGGAGAGAGACAUUGACCCAGAGUUAACCCCCGAAGCUUGGGCGUCUAUUGGGAAAAAUAUGCACGCAACCCCAGAAUCGAGAAAGCUGCUUAUUAAGCAAGACGAAGAAGAAGGGGCCGAUGAAGACACAGAAGAAAAAUGCACCAUCUGUCUUUCAAUACUGGAGGAGGGGGAGGACGUCAGACGCCUACCAUGUAUGCACCUCUUCCACCAGCUGUGUGUGGAUCAGUGGCUCCUCACCAAUAAGAAGUGCCCCAUCUGCAGGGUGGACAUUGAGGCGCAGCUGUCUGCUGAGAGUUGAUGCUGUUUUUCUAACAACCCCCCUUUUGUUGAAAAUUUAUUUUGAGAUCAUUUUAAUUUCUUCUCUUCAGUACUGCAGUCAACCAAAGAUGGCAUGAAUUACCUGCGCAGCUCUUCUACGAGAAAAUAAAAAAACACCUGACGAAAAAGCAUUGAGCCUAGAGUGCCAGCUACCACAUAUUACUACAACAGCUAGAAUUCUCCAUUAAGGGUUUAAGAUUUAUUGUAUUUAUAAAGCUUUUAUGUAGCUUUUGAUUGUUUCCUCAAGUGUCAUUUUUUGUUUUGUUUCUCUGCAUGUUUCCUUGCAAUGCAUUUCUUUGCACAUAUAACAUGGGCUUAACACGGCCUAACAACUCGCAGGUGAGGAUAGCUGCUCUAGUAAAGAUGCAUUUCUGUAAACCUAAUGCCUUGCUUUACUAGAAGACAAUGUCACCAUCCAGUUUAAAAAAAAACAAACAUUGCAGGAUUCAUUUUUACCAAUCAUUGUAUUGAUUAGUUUAUGUUUAGAAGAUGUGGAUUGUUAGUGGAAGAUGUUUUUUAAGUAAAUCAAGACAUUCCUAACUAGGGAAAUAUGUUAACAGAUCAGCUGCUGUAUUAGUGCACACCCAGUAUUUCUAGAGUGGAAAUAAACUCCAAUGUUCACCUCACCUCCCAGAAUAUGCACAUGCUUUGCUACGAUCACACCACGCUCCAGCACUUCAUUUGACUAAAGACACCGUUAUCACCGUCAUCUGACGUAUUCUAAAGAAAAAGGAAAAUGUCACCUGCCUCUCUCAACUGUUCUUCAUAAACUGAACGAGUGUGAAUUUCUUCUUCAUGUUUUGGGGGUUGCUCCCCGCAGACAGGCCUGUGAUGGUUAGUUAGGUUUCUGUAAGAGGAUCUCAGGUCUACAUGUGUGCAAGACAUUUCACAUGAGCCUGCAACCUGGGAUCAUUUUGUCAAUUUCAUACCGGCAGUGGCAUUUUGUGUGUGUGUGUGUGUGUGUGUGUGUGUGUGUGUGUGUGUGUGUGUGUGUGUGUGUGUGUGUGUGUGUGUGUGUGUGUGUGUGUGUGUGUGUGUGUGUGUGUGUGUGUGUGUGUGUGUGUGUGUGUGUGUGUGUGUGUGUGUGUGUGUGUGUGUGUGUGUGUGUGUGUGUGUGUGUGUGUGUGUGUGUGUGUGUGUGUGUGUGUGUGUGUGUGUGUGUGUGUGUGUGUGUGUGUGUGUUCAGAGGGAAAUACACAGCUUAAUUUGGGAUAAAUAUUUACUUGUUUGUUCUCACACAUCAAGCCAUUUUAUCCACCCUCCCUUUUGUCUCUCUGUAGUUGAGCAGCGGCGCCCAUUUUGGCUGCUGCGGAAAGAAAAACACUAAUACUGUUGACUAACUCACUCGCAUAGACUUGCACAAGAGAGAAAAAGGUCGGAGAGUAGUUGUGAAUAUGACGUGCACUGAGGCCAUGUAUUUCCACUCUGAUGAAUAUUAAAAAAAGGACAAAAAAGAUAUUUUGAAUGGAGUGUUGAAAUGCAGUACUUAAAGCAGGUACCCAUGCAUCCGUUGACUUAAAGGCACCAGGAUCAUAUUCUGUGGGAUUUAUAUUAGUUUUAAAAAAUAAUAUUAAUAAACUUGGAUAACUCUUAAUUGGGUCUUUUCCUUUAUGUCCUCUUUGAAAAUCAGAUGUUUGAGUGAGUGUUGGGUCUUUCCUAAAACAGGUAUUUUCUGAAAUGAUGACAUUGUUCCGAGUGAAUAUAGAGUUUAAAAGAAAAACGCAUCUGAAACCAAUUCAAGAACGUACUGUAAAUGCUCUCAUUCUGCCCCCUUUUCAAAUGCAUUCAGUUCAGUCUGGGUAAACGAUAUCCUGUUGGUAUAGAAAGCUAUUUUAUAUCAUAUUCUCUUUUUGUAUUAUUUGUAGAUUACACAAUGUCAUUACUUGUAUAUAUUUUGCUUCAGUUUGAAAUAAUUAUUGAUAUGUCAUAUGUAAAUGCUCAAAAACAGAUAAAAAACUGGUAAAUUC